AAAGUCAGUUCAGGCUGCCUGAAUCUGAACUGAAAAGAUAGUGUUUGUGAAAGUGAGACAGCACGGUGAGGGAGGAGGGGCCAGUAAUGUAAGGUUUUACCGAGCAUUCAGCACACUUACUGUCAGCACACAGUGACCGAGUGAGGAAGGAGAACGGUCUUGUCUUUCUCCAUCUCACAGUGCUUACGCACGAGGGAAAGAUAGUUUCUCAGGUUUUUGUUUUGGACAAGCGAUACUGAGGGAGUUGUGAAGCUGUUUAGAAGGAUAUAUUGAGAAUGCCAAUGUGAACGUCUCCAGGAAUUACUAAGUUGAAGCUACAAUGACGUCCCAUGUCAAACUGUGGAGAGACAGAUUGGGGACAGGGGACUAUGAUACGCAGAUUAAAGAGGUGCGUUUGCAGCUGGCGGAGCAGCUGAGGAUAUUUGACGGUCAGGUAGAGCAGAAGACUCAGGUGUUCCAAGAUCUUAUCGAUUAUUUGCGCAGACGAGGCGAGAUCGAGGGGGAGUACGCCCGCUCACUGGACAAACUGUGUGACAAGUUUUCCUCCAGAACCAGGAAGAAGGAGCCCAGCUAUCAGUCAGUGGUUAACUGCUGGCAGGUGUUGUUGACACAAACACGUCAGGAGAGCAGAGAUCACAGUUUCUUGAGUGACAGCUACAGCAACACUCUGCCUCAGCAGCUUUCACACUGUGUUGAACAUGCCCAGCGCCUGGCCAAACGGAGCAGAGACAUUUGCACCCAGUUACAGGAUGGACUUUUGAAGGUCACCGCCGAACUUCAUACAACCUUGAAGACAUAUUACCAAUACUACACUGAGUUCCUGUCUGCAGAAGGCAAAUUAAAGGAGGCAGUCAGACUGGAGGAAAAGCAGAAGCAAAGUGCAUCUAAAAAGAUGGAAAGACAAAAAGAGAAAAGACAAAGUAAAGUUCAGGAGAUUCAGCUAAAGUGCACAAAAGCGCGCAAUGAUUACCUGCUCAACUUGGCUGCAGCAAAUGCAUGCAUGAACAAAUACUACCUUCAGGAUCUCUCCGCUCUCAUAGAUUGCUGUGAUCUAGGUUACCACCAGUCCAUAUCUAAGGUUUUUCGAUAUUACCUGGCCAGUCGCCAAUGGGCCCAGCAGAACGUGAGCGCUGGGAUGCAUCAGCUGGACACAGCUUUGUUAGAACUGAGCCAGAACCAGGAUAGAGACACUCUCAUGCAGGCCAACAUCUCUGCCUUUUGCCUGCCCCUCCGCUUUCAGUACCAACCCUACGACGGCGACCAGGUAGUUGAGGUGUCAGCAAAGUCUGAGAUGAUGGCCGAGCUGGUGACCCGUUUUCAGCAGCUGCAGUCCAGGCUGUCUUCAGUCACCAUGGAGGUUGAAGAGUCUGGCAAAUUACUUCAGUCAGCUCAGACUUCCAUGCUGGAUGGUAUUGUCGAGGACACAUUUGGAUCUGCCCCAGACUUUCCCAUCAUCCCAUCAUCACCAGAGGGUGAUAUAUCAGUCAGUAAGACAUAUCAGCUGAAACGCAGAGCCAGUCUUCCGGACACUGAGAGUUUGUACUUCUCGAAAGUCAGGGACCAUCUAUGUAACAGCUCUUUAAUAUCAAAACUGGAGGCCAAACAUGACCUGCUGAAGGUUGCCAUUCAGAAAGCUGAAAGUGUUGACAGUAAUCAUUCCAGAACACGCUCCAAAAGAUCUGUGCGUCAUAAAAAGAGUUAUCCUGGUACCCAGAUCAGCCAGAAGCUCUUUAAUGGAGAUCUACUGUUAUACAUCCAAGCAUCGGGACAGCUCAUUCCAGCUGUGGUGGAAAGUUGCAUUCGCUUCAUCAACCUCAAUGGUUUACAUCAUGAGGGAUUGUUCAGAGUGCCGGGAUCUCAGAUGGUGGUGAAUCAGCUGAAGGAUGCGUUUGAGAAAGGCGAUGACCCGCUCGCUGAUGAGGGGUGUGACAUGGACUCUGUUGCUGGAGUGCUGAAACUUUAUUUUCGAGGACUAGAGAAACCCCUCUUUCCUGAGGACAGUUAUGAGCAGCUGAUGGAAUGUGGGCAAAUAGAUGACGAGACUAAAAAAGUAAUGCAGCUGAAGUGCAUCAUCUCCUCAUAUCCUGCCCCACUCGUCAUUGUCAUGAGAUAUCUUUUUGCGUUCCUUCACCAUGUCUCCCAGUACAGUGAUGAGAACAUGAUGCAGCCCUAUAACCUGGCAGUGUGUUUUGGUCCCAGUCUGGUGAGGGGGCCAAACAACGGCGAUGCGGCAGAGCUUCAGCGCAUCAACUCGCUAGUCAAGAGCAUCAUUAUCCAACACGAGAGCAUCUUCCCCAGCCAGAAUGAAUUGCCUGGGCCAGUGUAUGAAAAGUGCAUGACACUGGAAGAAGAUGACUGUGAGGCUGUAGCAGAGGAAGGAGAUGGAGAAUCAGACCAAUCUCAAAUUAAAGAAGCAAAAGAUGAGCUGCAGGGAGUAGCUUUGUUCAACUACACAGGCCGUUCUUCAGCUGAGCUGUCCUUUAAACAUGGAGACCGUCUCAUCCUACAUAGCAGAGCCUCCUCUGAUUGGUGGAGAGGGGAGGUGAACGGAACAAAGGGUCUCAUCCCAAAUAAAUAUAUCAGUGUGUCAAGCAUGGAUGGAGGCCAAGAUCAGAAAGGGAAGGAAACUUUGAAAUCCAGCUACACCAGACAGCAGACAGAAGAAGAGCAGAAAGCAGAGCAAAGUACACGGCUUAAGGCCACGAGUGACAAAGCGGGACUCGGGCCAAGUCACGUCACUUCUGGAAAGGUUUCAUUACAAAUACCCACGGCACAGUACGCACAGCCAGGAAAUUCUCCAGGGGCUCUCCGGAAAACAUUAGACCCUCAAAUGAGACGAUCUACUGCCGAUGGAGGAAGCGGAGAGGAAUUCUCAACAGACGUGGAUAAGGAAGUGCAUCACAUGAUGCACUCCGUGUUUAAGGAGCUCCUCAUUCGCCAAACUUCCCCAGAUCAAAAUACAUCUAUAACCUCAGAAAUCACACCCCCUGUGCAAUUGCCUCCAAACAGAGGACCAGGAUGGAAAGGAAAGGCUUUAUUUAGAUCAGCUGAUCAUGUGGACUGAAAAAAAAGAAAAGAAAAAGAGAACAGGGGUAAACCUGUGUAACCGUUCAGAAACACAAGAAAGUUUAGAUGAAAUAUCAGUUUGAGUGAGAGCUCAAUUUUUGUUUAUGGUGUUUUUGUAUAGUUUAAAUAGAUGGGUUUAAGAGGCACUUUCAAUUCAACGUGAAUUUUUAGAUAUAAAUAUGCACUGUGACAAUUCUACUAUGUACAUUAAGUUGCCAUUUUCUUUUAUUUUCUAUUUACACUCGUUGUUGUAACAAGCAACUGUAUUUCUGUGAAAUAAGAACCAAUCAGGACUACUGUAAGGCUAAAAGCUCACAAAAGCUUGUUUACAAUUUUUUUUUAUUAUUUAUAAUGUGAAAACCUUUUAAAACGCCACAAGGCACCACGCCGAAUGUAACUAACAGUCCUGAGAUAUAAUAACAGUAUCUUUAAACAGUAAAACAAAGAAGUGUCUAGAAGUGUAUAAAAUAUGUGAACCAUCCUUGAUCAAGUUUUCUCAUUCCUUGUGACAACAAACUGUAAGCUGCAACAGAGCCAGAGCUACUUUUCUUUGUGCAAGCACAUAACUUGAUACAAACAGGUGAAUAUGGUAUGCAAUUUCCUGCGAAAUCCGUCCUGACAGGUCUAAAAUAUAUAUCAUUAUAUUUAUAUAAAUCAUUAUAUAAUAAAUAAUAAAUUAAAUAGAUUUAUUAUAGUGUAUUUGAGUGAUAUAAAUUCAUGUUUUUUUCCACUCUCCCAUUGAUAACAUUUUGUUAUUUUUCAAUUUAUAAAGUUACAUUGUAUUACAAUGUAUCUUUCAGUUGUGACCCAUUCAGAAACUGUUGCCGUUUACUAACACAGCUGCGUGGAUUAGGGAACUGACAGGAACAAAAAAGAAAUUCGGAAGUUCUACAACGGUCAGAAGUUCUAAACAGCGUUUACAUCGCCUCUACAUGGUAGGUCACAUACAACAGAGUAGAUAAUGUCGUCCUAUUUUCUGUAUGGAGUGUUUUCACGACGCGUCAACAAUUGGCCAUAGUGGCGGCGGCACAGAACGUUUAACAAUGCGACUGAACCGAAUGCAACUCGCAAAUUUAGCCGAUUAUUGGUGCUGAAAUUGGUCAGUUAUUGUCAUGUUUUGGGCUGUACUAAUCGGUCGGACUCGGAAAAACAUUUUGAGUACUAUAGGCUGCCAAAAGUUAUAACAAAUUAAGGAGAAGUGUCCAAAAACUGUCUGAGGAACAAGUUUUGUGGUUGGCCAAACUGAACCAGAAUUAUAUUUCCAGGUCACAAAUCUUAACAACAUUCGUGUUCGUUCUUAUCAUAACCCUGGUGAAAAAACAGCAUAUGCUGAUAGGUAUGUUUUGAUGCUGGAAUGCUGGUUAGGUAGGUUUUCAUGUUGGUUUAAGCUAGUCCUUUGCUGGUUUAUGCUGGUCCUUUGCUGGUUCAUGCUGGUCCUUGACCAGCAAAAACCAGCAAAGGACCAGCUUAAACCAGCAUCAAAACCUACCUAACCAGCAUUCCAGCAUCAAAACAUACUUACCAGCAUAUGCUGGUUUUUUCACCAGGGAGCACUGGCCAAGUAGGUGAAAUAUUAGGCUAAUAUCUUAUAAUAUUGAUGUUGCUCAUAUGUAUCUUUACCACUUAGAAAAAAAACAAACAAACAAUAGAACCACCCCAAAAAUUCUAAUGGUUUCCACUACAACUACCAUUACAAACAUUACAAACUAUCAACUUUUAACCAUUAAAACCAUUAAAAAAAAAUUCUGUUGUGUGUUUUGGUGUAUUUGGUUUUAAUAAGCCACCAAUGGACCUUUUUCACAAGACUGAUGACGCGUUUCAACGGUCAUCAUCAUAAAUCCUUUAAAGUUUUUCAUAUUUUGAUUGUUUAAAAUAAUGUGUGUACAUUUAUAACAUUAUACUUUGUAUUAUAUCACCUUUUCAUCAAGUUACAAAAACCUAGUUAACACGAGGGUGUUUCUAAUGGCGCGUCUAUGAGAGGAACUGUACAUUUGACAUUGUUUGCUCUUCUGAAUGCCGAUAUCAGUCUCUCUCAAUUUUUUUCCUUUGAUUGAAAGUCGUGAAAACACUAUCGUGGAGUUUUUCCUUUUGUUAUUUAAGCAAAUGUGAAUGCAAAAAUAUAUUUGUGGUACUCUCCCAUUCACUGCUCACGGAUUUUACCCAACUUUGACGACUUCCGCUAUGAUAAACGCGGAAAUGUGAGAAAGGUCCAUAGAAGGUGACCAAUUACCAGUAGAGACCAACAGGGUUCAUUACAGUUUCCAUUAAAACCAAUACAUGUCCCAUUAUGACCAGUAAAACCAUUAAAAAUUU